AUGGCGCAGUUACGAGACCAACUUAUCAUGCUCCCGGAAAUUAAGGAACUGACCCCAGAGUGUAACAUCGACGAAGCUAAUGUCGGAGUCCCAGGGGUCACAACUCCAGAGAUGGAAGCCAAGAUGAGAAGGAUCCUGAAACGUCAUCGCAGCAUCUUCCUGGGAGAUGGCAACGCAGCCCCAGCCCCGGCUAGGGCAAAACCAGUAGCUUUACAUGCGAGGCAGAUUGCCGCACCUUUCUUGGUGAAGGUGUUCGAACUCCUGAAGAAGUUGUUGGAGGCAGAGUUCAUUGAGCAUUCAGAGUCCGAGUGGUCAUCACCUAUUGUGAUUGUGCUGAAGAAAAACGGCAUAGACAUCCGAAUGUGUAUUGACUACCGACUUCUGAAUUUGCUCAUAAAGCUAUCUCGCUACCCUCUACCUUUGAUCGAUGAUCUGCUGGUAGACGUCAAGUCUGCAAUGUGGUUUAUGAGUCUCGACAUGGCGAGUGGAUUCUGGGCGGUGCGAAUGACUGAGCGGGCGAAGCUGAUCUCUGCAUUUGUCUGUCGGUUCGGUCAUUUCCAAUGGCUCAGAAUGCCCUUUGGAUUGAAGAAUGCACCGUUGAUUUAUCAGAGCAUCAUCAAUAACUGUUUGUGGGGAUUCGUCCGUCUACCUCCUGAAGAGGAAGCGACGGUUGACUCAGAAGUUCUUAAGUUCCUGGAUCUUGAGCCGCAGGAAGUCCUGAAACCUGAGAUUAAGGCAUUGGACAUGACUGUAUUUCGACGCAAUAUCCCGGCUCCGUCACAAAUGGGCCCGGUCUUGGGAAGAAGCUCGUACAUUGACGAUAUAGCUCAUGGGGCGUCAACCUGGGACCAACUAUGUAAAGACCUGGAUGCGUUGUUAUACAGACUACGAUACUGGAAUUUCUCUGUGAGCUUACCGAAAAGUGAAUUCGGAAAGUUGACCAUCCCAUUCCUCUCUCAUGAAGUGAGUGCAGACGGAAUCAGGGCCUUGCCGAAGAUUGUCAAAGGUAUAGAGGAUCUACCGUUCCCGUCAACGUACAAGGGAGUGCAGUCCUUCUUAGGAAGUCUGAACUACUACAACAAAUUUAUUGACUACCCGUAG